AUGUUAUUAUUAAUUGUGAGCGUGGCUGGAAUUAUCUUUAAUAAUGUCCUUGCAUUGCAUUAACAACAAGCAGGAGUGCAUGAUUGGAAUAAAAGACUAUUUGGCGAACUAAAAUACAUUCAAGUUUAGGAUUAAACUAUAUUUUACUAAAAUACGAACAAUCAACAUGGAAUUAUUGAGAAAUCUACAGGUUUUAUGUACUCGUAUAAUUUAGGCCAAGUUAAAUAAAGAAAUACUUAUACUAUGUGUGAUUCCUACAAUUACGUCAGGUAUGAACCAAAUCAAUAGAUUGUGCAAUUAUAUAAUGAAGGAUAUUCAGUGUUGACAGAAGGAGAAAUUAUAGACUAAAUCGACCAUUGCUUAAUAGGAUUAAAUGGAGAGUUUAUACUUAUAUAUGGAUAAACUAUUUUCUCGACCUUUAAUAACAAAUUCACUAAGAAGUUCGAUCAUUAAAUUAUACACGCAGGAUAUAUCUUUGAUGUUCCAGUGGUUGUUUUGCAAAAAUAAACGGAAAUUUGCAUCUAUUAAAUUAGAGAAUCUAUAUAAUAAAAUUACUGUGUAUAAAGUUUGAAUAAUGGUAAAAUUUAUGAAUUUGGCAACACCCUUGUUUAUAAAGAUGAAAAAUUUGCUUAUCACCUCAAAGAGAAAUCAGCCAAGCCAUUAGAUAUUGAACUAAUUAAGAAAUUGGAUAGAUUUAUUGGGUUAACAUAAACUCUAGUAAUUAAUGAAAAAUCAAAGAAAUAGAUAGUUAAUUUGGAUGGGUAAAUUGAAUAUGAAUUAAAUCAAGAUGAGCAUGUUAUAUAAAAUUUAGAGACUCAAAAAUAUUAUUAUACUUUAAAAUAGAAAGAUAAUGAGUUAAUUAUUGUGACUUUUGACAGAGAUACAAAAUAACAUCACUCAGAAAUGAUAGAAUUAGAAACAAAGACAUCAAUAUUAAAUGCUUUUUUGAUAGAUUAAAAUAAAAAAUAAUUUUUAAUUCAGUAUAAAGAUUUACAGACUGUACUAGUUGAUAAUAAAGGUAUUAGAUGGACAACUGAACAAUCUUUAAUUAGCAUUGAUACUGUUUUUUACGAAAAAUACGAAAAUUAAGAAUAGACACAUAAAAAUACAUAUUAUGAAUCACUUGAGAAGCACGGUACAAACAAUCCUUUGUUUUUGGUGUAAAAUAUUGUUUCAAGGAUUUUGAACGAGGUCAGAGAUUUACAAGAGGUAGCAACUCAUUUUAUUGAUAAUUUGGGUAAAGAGAAGGUUUAAACAAGAGAGAUGGAAUAAACCUAUGGAUUGAAAUAGAAGGUCUACUUUUUGACAACUUAUGGAACAUUAUUAUGUUAUGACACUUAAGAGUUAUCUUUAUUAAUUAAAUUAUAGAUUAAUAAUUAAGAUAAAUCCUUUAAAUUGGUUGCACAUCAUUAAAUAGAGUAAUACAUUCCAUAAUAAUUUAGUUCCAAUCUAAUCAGACAUUUUGAUAGCAAUGAUGCAAAGCCAACUCACGUGUUAUUUUAUUAUUCGAAUGAGAAAAAACGUUUGAAUACUUUUGUUUUAGAUUUAUAACAUGGAAUAAUCCAAUAGGUUGCAUCACAAUCUUCAAAUAAUAUUUUAUGGACAAUCCCCUACAGAGUGGAAGGAGGACCUGGGCAACAUCACAAUAUUGUAAUUCUAAUUGAUGAAGAAAACAAUAUAUUUACAUAUCCCAAACAUGAUUCUUUAAAUACAAAAGAGAUCAUCUUAUAUAGAAAUGACAAUGGCGUACUUAAAGGAUAUAAAUUAUUCAAUAAUUAAUUAGUCAACAUAUGGACAAUUAAUAUGAAAGAUGAAAUUUUGAUAAUCAGAUCUUCUUAUCAUGUUGGAGAAGAAAAUCCAAGAGUUGCAAUAUGGGAUGAUAGAAAAGUCAUAUUCAAAUUGAUUGAUCAAUCUAAUUUUGCAGUCUUAACUUCAGAUGGGGAUAAAUUAAAAUUAUUUAUUAUUAAUGCUAAGACUGGCAAAAUAAUAUUUUAGAGUGUCCAAAGUGAGGCUGACUUUAACCAACCUAUUAAUUUAGUUUUUGAUGAACACUAAGUGUUUGUUACUUAUUACAAUAAGGCUUAAAUGAUGUUUGAAAUUUGGACUGUUGAAAUCUAUCAUGCUAAGAUUGAAGUAUCAUUUAUUAAAAUGUUGGAAAACUAUUACUUUACAAAAACACCAAUCAUUACUAACUAUUAUAAAGCUGACUUUGAAUCAUUCUUCUUGUAAUAAGUAUAUGGAUGCCCUUUGGGAAUCAAGUAUUUGGGAAUGUCUAGAACUCUUAAAUCAUUAACAAAAAAGAAUUUAUUGAUUAUAACAACUUCAGGAUAAUUGCAUUCUUUAGAUCGUAACUUAGUUUCCACUAGAAGAAGAGAAAAGGCAGAUCAACCUAUAUUAGAAUAUUCUCUGUAAUCAGCAGAGCUUCCUCCUUAUUAAUAUUAAUUACCAAUUAAUUUUUUAAACAUGCUGACAUAUCACUAAACUUUCGAAAUUGAGAAAUUUUCAAUAGAAUCAACAAAUUUAGAAUCCUCAGCGUUACUAUUAGUUUAUGGUUCUGAUAUUUUCUUCACUAGAAUCGCUCCUGAUAAAACAUACGAUAUGUUACUGGAUAAUUUCAAUUAUAAUGCCCUUAUAGCAACAACAGUCUUGAUAGUUAUUGCAACAAAAGUAUUAUCAAGAUUGGUCAAAUCAAGUAAAUAGGUUAAAUAAUUUUAUCUAAAUUGA